AUGGGUUUCGUUGAAGUGAGUGUUGUUGUUGAUUGUGGCAAUGUUGGUGGUCGGAGCAUGAUUGUGUUGGUGCUUGACAUGUUGGUGGUUGAAGCAGAUGGUAGCUCGCAGAUGGUAGUUGGGUGCAGAGUGGGGGAGAUGGGUAAGGCUUGGUUUGACGAUGGGGGUUUAACAGCUACGAUGGAGGCGUUGGGCGAGGCUGAGUGA